CAGAAAUGAAAAGGUGGCACUAGUCCAAUUUAUAUUUCCAAUAUAACUAUCCUAUAUAAAGUUAGAUAUCACAUUUAAAAAGUACAUUAACUGAUAUUUUCUCUAGAAGUUCAUCAUGGAACAAGCAGAUACAGAAAAAGAGAAAAAACCAGAUGAGACUCAACAGCAGCUAAGUCCAAAUGCUUUGAAAGUUGCUGCUGCUGAUUGCUUAAAUAGCUGGAUACACUAUCUGCAGAUGCUCAAUAAUAUGUGUGCAGCUGGACUGCGCCUCUCUCAAUCGCUCACCAACCUGUCUCAAAUGCAAAAUAUACCAUUAGCUUUACAGUGCCAAUCCAGUUGGGAAGAACUUUCUAAAUCGACAGUUGUAGCAAGCAAUUCUGUGAAAACCCAUAUCGCCAAUGCCAUGCAGGACAUGAGCAUCGGUGAAACAUUCACUGAAGGUGACGCCCAACGUCAGCAAGAGCACAAUCAGCAAAUCAUCACUGAGAAUUUGAUGGCCUUUAUUAAUUUGCAAUACCAAUUUUCUAUAGCUGGCUGUGAAAAUUUCGGGUCCAUGGCUAUGUGUCCACUGUGUCAAACCGCACCAGGCGGAAUUCAUAGUUCUGAAUGUAGUUUAGCUGCCCUACAACAAUGCUUCAACAGAAUGUAUGCUCAAGAAUCGUCAUCUCAACGAUCUAGUCCACAUUUACCGACAGAACAUCCCGCUGACAGUCCCAAAAGUCAAGAAUUUCCAAGAAGCGACGUUCCUAGACAGCGUAGCCCGCUCGGUGAAACCAGAGAACAUUCGCCGCACACCGAGGGCGUUAUCAGAGGGCAGAGCCCUAUACACGUUUUUGGAGAGACUAGUCGGGGUAUCGGCCCUUUGGAAACGUUAAGAGGUCCAUUUCCUAUCCCGGGUCCUCUACAUACCAUGAAAUCGCCGUUUCCUGGACGGGGAUCGCGAUCGCCGUUACAUUUUCCUUUGUUUCCUCUCAACUGUCAACGGAGAUGGUCCGAGGCCGGUGUCGCUGAAGCUUCCGGAGAUAGCGGAGACGAAACGAGACGAAGAUGGUCUAUGCCUUGGGAUACGGCUUGGGGAGAGACCGUUGCUCAAGGCCAGCAAAGGUAUUUGCCGUCGAAGCUCGCCGUACCUUCUGGGUAUUCACAAGAAAAGAGUAGGAGUACCACGCCAGAAACUGUACCACCACUAACGCAUCCCCCUUUCGGAGGUCCUGGAAUCAUCCCCGGUACCGAGGGAUUAGCCGAAGCGAUCCAUCUUUUGUCAUGUCGACCGGCGCGAUGUUCGAUACCGCAAACGGCGGCGCCGCAUUACGUGUCCCAUUGGGCCGAGACCCAUGAAGAAAGGAUGCAUAGAAGGAUGAUGUAUCCUGGACCAGCCUCGCAAAGGGGAAACUGGCAAUCUGUUGAUGUACCUCACUCUAGUGGUAUGUCGGUGACGGAACAUUGCGACAUAUUUCCUUCUGGUUUACCAUUGACGUCUCGUAAGAGCAGCUCGUCGACUGAUUCUUCGUCUUGUUUAUCCAUUCAUAGUCGAUCUACUACUAGUUCAUCAGAAAGAGGGUCUGCAAGCGAAGCCAGUGGAAUUGAAGCCAUUAGACUUCACGCUAAUCUGUAUUCCAUGUGGAGUGGUAGCGAGCAUCUUCCUUUUAUCAGAUUGCCAGAAUCGCAAGAACCUCAAGAUGACAGCGACACUGAUGAUCCGCCUACAGAAAAGAGCAGUGGAUACUUUCCAAAACCCACUUAGGUAUCCAUAUACAAAUUUUACCUAUAAAAAAUAUUCGUUUUAUAUCGAUUUACUUUAUUCUUAGA